AUGCAAAUAAAUUCACUUGGUACCUUGCGAAAAAAUAGGCUAAAAAAUUGUCCCUUCAAAGAUGAUCGCAAGUUACAGGAGGCAAAAGGAAGAUAUGACUUUUGGUACGAUGAGAACAACAAACUUAUAGCAGUAAAAUGGGUAGAUAACAAAGUUGUUACUUUGGCAAGUUCCUUUGUCGGAGUACAACCCCUAGGCUCUGUGAAGAGAUGGAACGCCGCCGAGAAAAGAAAAGUAGAUGUGCCUUGCCCAAAAAUAGUUCAACAAUAUAAUAAGCACAUGGGGGUGUCGAUUUAG